AUGUUUGUGGAGAACCAGAUAUUUAACCUGUUCGGAGUGCCAGCCAUCUGCAUCACAGAUAACGCAAAGGUCUUCAAAUCCGAUGCCUUUGCGAAGCUACUGAAGACCUACGACGUCACACAUUGGAAUCUCGCUGUCUACCACCCUAGCCCGAAUCCCGUUGAGAGGGUGAAUCGGGAUCACCGGGAAUGGGAUCGAUCUAUCCACCAAAUCGCCCAGGCCAUCAGGACAACGGUUCACGAUAGCACCGGCCAUACUCCGUUUUUCAUAAACUUCGGACGCAAUAUGAUUAGUUCGGGUGCAGAGUAUGAUUUCUUGCGAAAAUCGGAAGAUGCGGCUCGAUGUCCGUUGAAACUAAGCGAAGAAAUGAAACAACUAUUUGGAAUAGUUCGACAGAAUCUCAUGAAGGCAUACCAGAAAUAUUCCAGGACGUACAACCUUCGAGCAAACGCCAAACACAACUUCGAACCCGGUCACAUCGUUUUUAAGAAAAACAUAAAUUUGUCCGACAAAAGUCGAGACUACAGUACCGGCACCCGCCACGGUCACAAAUGUCUAGAUCGGCAACCCGCCACGAUCUUUACUUAUCUACUGAUCGGCACCCGCAACGAUCAUCCUUGGACCGGCACCCGCCACGGUCGAAAAUUUCUAGAUCGGCAACCCGCCACGAUCUUUACUUCUGCACUGAUCGGCACCCGCAACGAUCUUUCUUGGACCGUGUAA